UAAAUAGUUUAAGCUUCAUAGUGGAGGCGCUGGUGCCAUUCAGUCCUCCUACUAUUGCGUACGCAGACGUCGCUUCACCAGGUGAAGGGAGUGGGGAAAGACGCCGGACGUCGUUUUGGACGUCGUCGACGCCAUGUUAUGAAGGUUCGCCAGGGGAAAAUACGGUUUUCCGCCGAAAUGGCCGCCGGACCUUUGCGGUAGUGUGUGCUAACGGGUGUUAAAACUGUGUUCAAUUUUGUUUUAUUUCAAAGUGUCAGUUUCGACAGAUAUAGACGCCCUUAUGUUCAGUUAUGGGAUUACUUCGGCCUCGUCAACCGCCUCACGGUCGUGGCGAGUUUUCCGACCCCAAUUAAGGGGUUACUUCGCUACGAUGGCCGCUAAAGCAGCUACCGGCAUCUACGACCGUUGACCGACAAAGGGAUGGGAGCAGUCGUUUCAACCACGGUAUUAUGCAGUUCUACAGUUAUUCCAAAGAAGAUGUCCUGCGGUUUAACUGAGCUAGUUCCAGAAAACAGGGCGGGGACUGCAAGUUGUCGUCUAAGAGGGUCGAAUCCAAGCCUGGCUCGAUCCAACUCUAAACUAACAUCUCAUUGUCACUCUCCCACAGGCUACCCGAAGAAGCCAUGUUGCCUGUACUGGUGUUGCUGUUGUAGUUGUAUUUGCAACACAUCAUCAAAAUCGAACGAGGAUGGUCUUCAUAAGCAUGAUCCUUUGGUUCCAUGCGAUGGAGAGCCAGUUCCUUCUUUGGAUGAGAUACGAAGUUGGGGAAGGUCGUUCGAUAAGCUGAUGAAGAGUUCGGCGGGUAGAAAAGUGUUCAGGGAGUUCCUGAGGUGCGAGUACUCGGAGGAGAACAUCCUCUUUUGGUUGGCGUGCGAGGAUUUAAAGAAGGAGACGAACCCGGAAGCGGUUGAACCGAAAGCUAGGGUCAUCUACGAGGAUUAUAUUUCGAUAUUGUCGCCGAAGGAGGUGUCGCUGGACUCAAGGGUGCGCGAGAUCGUUAAUCGGAACAUGGUCGAGCCCUCGCCGCAUACGUUCGACGAAGCUCAGUUGCAAAUUUACACCCUGAUGCACCGCGACAGUUACCCACGUUUCGUAAACUCGCCUCUAUAUAAAUCUUUAGCGCAACAGACCAACGAAACUGACGCAGAAACCCCACGCCAAGGUUAAGGGUCGAGAGCGUCUCAUUCGACGACCCCAAAAAUAAUAAAAAUUAAACUCGACGGCCUACUCUCCACCUUCACCAUUUACAUUUCAUUAACAUCCAAAUAACAGGAAAUUUAUUAUUUUUUAAAAUGUCACAAAAAAAUAAUAAAAAUAAAUAUGUAGAUGUA